UAUUAAUUAUUACAAGUCCAUGCCCUGCUCAAGUCAACUUUGAACUGUCCAUAUUUCAUUCCAACAUCUUACUUUGUUUCAAGAAUAUAGAUUCAUUGUUUACUCGCAUAAUUUUGUGUUACAGUUCCAGUAAUCUAGUAUAUUUUAUAGUGAAUUCAACAUAUGGCUGAAGCUUUCCUUCAAGUUCUGCUAGAUAAUCUCACUCUUUUCAUCCAAGGGGAACUUGGAUUGGUUUUUGGUUUCGAGAAGGAGUUUAAAAAACUUUCAAGUAUGUUUUCAAUGAUCCAAGCUGUGCUAGAAGAUGCUCAAGAGAAGCAACUGAAGUACAAGGCAAUAAAGAACUGGUUACAGAAACUCAACAUUGCUGCAUAUGAAGUUGAUGACAUCUUGGAUGACUGUAAAACUGAGGCAGCAAGAUUCAAGCAGGCUGUAUUGGGGCGUUAUCAUCCACGGACCAUCACUUUCUGUUACAAGGUGGGAAGAAGAAUGAAAGAAAUGAUGGAAAAACUAGAUGCAAUUGCAGAGGAACGGAGGGAUUUUCAUUUGGAUGAAAGGAUUAUAGAGAGACAAGCUGCUAGACGGCAAACAGGUUUUGUUUUAACUGAGCCAAAAGUUUAUGGAAGGGAAAAAGAGGAGGAUGAGAUAGUGAAAAUCUUGAUAAACAAUGUUAGUGAUUCUGAAGAAGUUCCAGUACUCCCAAUACUUGGUAUGGGGGGACUAGGAAAGACGACUCUAGCCCAAAUGGUCUUCAAUGAUCAGAGAAUUACUGAGCAUUUCAAUCUAAAGAUAUGGGUUUGUGUCUCAGAUGAUUUUGAUGAGAAGAGGUUGAUUAAGGCAAUUGUAGAAUCUAUUGAAGGAAAGUCACUGGGUGACAUGGACUUGGCUCCCCUCCAGAAAAAGCUUCAGGAGUUGUUGAAUGGAAAAAGAUACUUUCUUGUUUUGGAUGAUGUUUGGAAUGAAGAUCAAGAAAAGUGGGCUAAUCUUAGAGCAGUAUUGAAGAUUGGAGCUAGUGGUGCUUCAAUUCUAAUUACUACUCGUCUUGAAAAAAUUGGAUCAAUUAUGGGAACUUUGCAACUAUAUCAGUUAUCAAAUUUGUCUCAAGAAGAUUGUUGGUUGUUGUUCAAGCAACGUGCAUUUGGCCACCAAACCGAAACAAGUCCUAAACUUAUGGAAAUCGGAAAGGAGAUUGUGAAGAAAUGUGGGGGUGUGCCUCUAGCAGCCAAGACUCUUGGAGGUCUUUUACGCUUCAAGAGGGAAGAAAGUGAAUGGGAACAUGUGAGAGAUAGUGAGAUUUGGAAUUUACCUCAAGAUGAAAAUUCUGUUUUGCCUGCCCUGAGGCUGAGUUAUCAUCAUCUUCCACUUGAUUUGAGACAAUGUUUUGCAUAUUGCGCGGUAUUCCCAAAGGACACCAAAAUAGAAAAGGAAUAUAUCAUCACUCUCUGGAUGGCACACAGUUUUCUUUUAUCAAAAGGAAACAUGGAGCUAGAGGAUGUGGGCAAUGAAGUAUGGAAUGAAUUAUACUUGAGGUCUUUUUUCCAAGAGAUUGAAGUUAAAUCUGGUAAAACUUAUUUCAAGAUGCAUGAUCUCAUCCAUGAUUUGGCUACAUCUAUCUUUUCAGCAAGCGCAUCAAGCAGAAGUAUCCGCCAAAUAAAUGUAAAAGAUGAUGAAGAUAUGAUGUUCAUUGUAACAGAUUAUAAAGAUAUGAUGUCCAUUGGUUUCUCCGAAGUGGUGUCUUCUUACUCUCCUUCGCUCUUUAAAAGGUUUGUCUCCUUAAGGGUGCUUUAUCUAAGUAACUCAGAAUUUAAACAGUUAUCAUCUUCCGUUGGAGAUCUAGUACAUUUAAGAUACCUUGACCUGUCUGGUAAUAAAAUUUGUAGUCUUCCAAAGAGGUUGUGCAAGCUUCAAAAUCUGCAGACUCUUGAUCUACAUAAUUGCCAGUCACUUUCUUGUUUGCCGAAACAAAUAAGCAAGCUUGGUAGUCUCCGGAAUCUUGUAUUUGAUCACUGUCCAUUGACUUCUAUGCCACCAAGAAUAGGAUUGUUGACAUGCCUUAAGACACUAAGUUACUUUCUUGUUGGCGAGAGGAAAGGUUAUCAACUUGGUGAACUACAAAAUUUAAACCUCCGUGGUGCAAUUUCAAUCACAUAUCUUGAGAGAGUGAAAAACGAUAUGGAGGCAAAAGAAGCCAAUUUAUCUGCAAAAGCAAAUCUGCACUCAUUAAGCAUGAGUUGGGAUGGACCACACAGAUAUGAAUCCGAAGAAGUUAAAGUGCUUGAAGCCCUCAAACCACAUUCCAAUCUGAAAUAUUUAGAAAUCAUUGACUUCUGUGGAUUCUGUCUCCCAGACUGGAUGAAUCACUCAGUUUUGAAAAAUGUUGUCUCUAUUCUAAUUAACGGUUGUGAAAACUGCUCGUGCUUACGACCCUUUGGUGAGCUGCCUUGUCUAGAAAGUCUAGAGUUACAAGACGGGUCUGUGGAGGUGGAGUAUGUUGAAGAUUCUGGAUUCCCCACAAGAAGAAGGUUUCCAUCCCUGAGAAAACUUCAUAUAGGUGGCUUUUGUAAUCUGAAAGGAUUGCAGAGAAUGGAAGGAGAAGAGCAAUUCCCCGUGCUUGAAGAGAUGAAGAUUUCGGAUUGCCCUAUGUUUGUUUUUCCAACCCUUUCUUCUGUGAAGAAAUUAGAAAUUUGGGGGGAGGCAGAUGCAAGAGGUUUGAGCUCCAUAUCUAAUCUUAGCACUCUUAUAUCCCUCAAAAUUUUCAGUAACCACACAGUGACUUCACUCCUAGAAGGGAUGUUCCAAAGCCUUGAAAAUCUCAAAUACUUGAGUGUCUCUUACUUGGAGAAUCUCAAAGAGCUGCCUACCAGCCUGGCUAGUCUCAGUAAUUUGAAGUGUCUAGAUAUUCGUUAUUGUUACGCACUAGAGAGUCUCCCCGAGGAAGGGCUGGAAGGUUUAACUUCACUCACGGAGUUAUUUGUUGAACAUUGUAACAUGCUAAAAUGUUUACCGGAGGGAUUGCAGCACCUAACAAACCUCACAAGUUUAAGAGUUACUGGCUGUCCAGAAGUGGCAAAGCGGUGUGAGAGGGGAAUUGGAGAGGACUGGCACAAAAUUGCUCACAUACCAAAUGUGUAUAUUGGUUAG